AUGGAUGAAAACUCUUUCAACAGUGAUGCAGGUGACAAAUUGUUUCCACAUUCCUCUCACUUCCACAUACACCAAUGCAUCGACACGUUGGAGAAGCCAUUCUCGUGUGAGGUUUGCAAUAAAACCUACACAACGUUAUCAAGCCUCAUUAGACACCAUAAAAAUCACAUGACAGGGGAGUUGGUCAUGUGUGAAGUCUGCGACAAAUCUUUCACACGAAAUUCGAGUCUCCUGGACCAUCAGACAAUUCACAGGGGGCAGAAACCCUUGAAGUGUCAGGUCUGUGAGAGAGCUUUUGUGACAUCUUCGAGUCUCCUUCAUCACCAGUGGAAUCAUACAGGGAAGAAACCCUUCUGUUGUGAGGUCUGUGAGAUGGCUUUCACCCAAUCCUCUGACCUCCUGAAGCAUCAGAGAAUUCAUACAGGGGAAAAUCCUUUCAAGUGUGAGCUCUGCAACCAAGCCUUCAUAUGGUCGUCAAUACUUGUGCAACACCAACGGAUUCACACUGGGGAGAAGCCAUUCAAAUGUGAGGUUUGUGACAAACCAUUUGCACAUUCUUCAAAUCUCAACAGUCACCAACGCAUUCACACAGGGGCGAAACCUUUCAUAUGUGGGGUGUGUGACAGAUCAUUCUCAGAGUCUUCAAACCUUCGUGCACAUCAACUCAUUCACACAGGAGAGAAACCAUUCCGGUGUGAGCUGUGUAAAAAGGCUUUCAUUAAAUCCUCUGAUCUCCUGAAACACCAAAGGAUCCAUGCGGGUCAGAAGUCAUUCACAUGUGACAUGUGCAAGAAAUCAUUCUCAGAGUCAUCGAACCUCCACGCACAUCAACGCAUUCACACAGGAAACAAACCAUUGCUCUGA